UUCGUUGCUUAAUGUAGCCUAAUUUUACUAUUUGAACUGACAGAGUAAUUUAUUACAGUACUAGCCUAUAUGGAGAGUCGGGUAAUGUUUAGUGUUGAUACUGUUUUGUAAAACUUCAAUGCAAACUUCUAUGACUCAGCAGAUACGACCCUCAGGGAAUACUUCGCAGCACGGUGCUUCUGUCCUCCUGCUGCUCGUACGCUGCUGGCUCCGGUCCCGCCUGCUCCACUACGCACAGCCCCAGCCCGCUGCCACCCAGCCCACUGCCAGCCAGCCCAGCGGAGCCUCUGGCCACGUCUCAAAACGCCGCUUUGCACACAGCCGGAGGAGCCGUGGCCGAGGACAGAGUGGAGGAAAGGAGAGGACAGCGGGGUGUUGGGACAAAGAGCUCCGUCGAGAGGCACGACGACCGAAAACAAAGCUGAAGUGUCACUAGAUGCCUGCUGGACUACAGAGACUUGGCUCACAAUGAACAGAAGCCUAUCUCUCUCCCAGCUUUUGAAUAAGGCCCUGUCUUUUCUACAGCAGAGUCGACACACAAGGUGACGAAAAAGAGAAAUAUCCACAUUAAGCACCAGAAACAGUGAUCCGCAGCCAUCAUGCCACGCUGCAGUGUGAACCUCAGCACCAUGAUUUUCCUGGUGAUCCUGCAGGGGGCAGCAGUGGUGCUGUUCUGUGGCUGGUACAUCCAGCUCAAUCGCUGCGGCUCUGCCCCCUCCAACAGCAAAGUUCACGUUCUGCUGCUGUCAUCGUGGCGAUCAGGCUCGUCCUUCCUGGGUCAGGUGUUCAGUCAGCACCCAUCUGUCUUCUAUCUUAUGGAGCCAGCUUGGCAUGUGUGGACCAAACUGCAUAAACCCGAUGCACGGGUGCUCCGAAUGGCGGUGAAGGAUUUAUUACGGAGCGUAUUCCAGUGUGACUUUUCCGGGAUGGAGGCCUACCUGUCAGAGCACCCCAAUGUGUCCUCCUUGUUUAUGUGGAGUCAUAGUCGAGCACUGUGCUCAGAACCAGUCUGUCCUCUGACACCACGCAACCAGUUCAGUAACCAGACUCUGUGCCUCCAGUCAUGUGACGCUAGGGGCCUGCAGCGGGUGGAGAAGGCCUGUGGCAUUUAUAGUCACGUGGUGUUAAAAGAAGUGCGAUUGUUUGAACUUGAAUCCCUCUACCAGCUCUUGCAGGAUCCAAGCCUAGAUCUCCGCAUCAUCCACCUGGUCCGAGACCCUCGGGCAGUGGUACGGUCUAGAGAGGAGUCAGCCAAAGCCUUUGAGAGGGAUAAUGCUAUCGUCUUGGAGCAGAGAAGCAUACCAAUAGCCGAGGUGCAGUAUCAAGUCAUGCAGGAGAUCUGCCGUAGCCAUGUGCGCAUCAAUGAGAGGGCAAUCCUGAAGCCCCCUCCAUUUCUAAAAGGCCGCUACAAAAUGGUCCGCUAUGAGGACAUGGUGCGUGACCCACAUGGGGAGAUAAAUGACAUGUAUGAGUUUGUAGGCCUGGAGAUGACCAGAGAGUUAUCUGAAUGGAUCUACAGGGUGACUCACGGAAAAGGCAAAGGCUCCAGGGCAGAGGCCUUUAAAAUCACAUCAAGAAACGCCGCUGAUGUCUCCCAGGCAUGGCGUACCACGCUGCCACACAACAAAGUCAAACGUAUCCAGGAAGUGUGUAAAGGGGCCAUGUCAUUGCUUGGGUACAGGACGGUUAAUAGUGUAAAAGAACAGAAGAGACUUGACAUAGAUCUACUAGUGCCACAGAAACAGUUUCAGUUCAGCUGGUUGCCAGCUAAAACAAAGCAUCCAAAUAACAGUUAAAACAUGAAUGACAAAGACAUUAACACCACGAGACUACACUGGACUGAAGACGGUAUUCUUUAUUAGGGGUUUAGGGGUGUAACAGUAAGUGUAUUCAUCCCGAAGGGUUCGGUACAGGACGUUCAGUUCGGUAUGCGACUUCCACGGCUCGGUGCACCCUGUGACCCAGUCUAUUACUGUCAAAAUAAUCUAUUUAUGUCUACUACUCGCACACGCGGAACAGAAAUUCUAGAGCACAAGUUUUUAUUGGCUGUAAAGGUCUUUAAUGAGUGCUACCACAGACUCAUCAACUGAAGGAUGGCAUGAUGUCCAAGGUUAAAGCAUUGAUUUGUGACAAAUACACACCUCACUGUCAGUGGAGUGAGAGGAUAGAAAUGUGAAAUGACAGCACAGCUGUAUGAUACGUUAUACAUGAUACAUUUAGAACUAAUGUGAAUUCAUUACAUUUGAAUCCGCAUUGUUUUAAGCUGGGCGUCUUGCCAGUGACCCCUGCAGGUCUGUCCCAACAGGAGAUUGUUGAUCAAUGACGACGCUCCCACAGAGGAGGAGAGGCCAGGUGUGUCCCUGAAACAGGAUAUUAUGUUUGUUUACAGGGAGAUUAUUUGGUCUAUUUUAGUUGGUCUAGUUUAUUAGUUGAUUAAUAACUGAUUACACUCAUACACUAAAUGACUAGCGUUUUCAGUAAAGUACAUUUGACAAUGAUUAAGGAUGAAAGCAUUUAGUCAAUAGAAUGUUAAUUCAUGUUGAUUUACAUCUUCAGAGCCAAAUUAUCUACUGUUACUAGUUAGUAUUUAGAUUCUCUGAGUUCUUUCUGUUAAGAUAUUGAUCAAUUCUGUUUCUAUAGAAAAAUGUCAAAGCAUCAGUAGUUUCCCUUAAACAUGAACUUGAGCAUAUAUUUUUAUUUUGCAAGUGCAGCACAAUUGUUCUGAUUGAAACCAUAUCUACUUUCCCCUUGUAGAAUGUUAUACGACAAAAUAUUGUUGCCAGUUGGUAUUCAACACAAACGUUGAUUUGAGGUCUACGCUUUAAAAUAUUUCCUAAUUUUAAAUUUAGAAACUUAAAGCUGCACUAAUUAUUAUUAAUCGUUAUUUUUAUAUUAACAAUGGAUCAAAUGACUACGUGUAUGUGAAAGGGGUCUAUGCAGUUCCCCUCACUUUAGAGAGUUUCAGCGUCAUUCAAGAAUUCAGCAUUUAAAGGAAAAUUCCACCAUAAAUCAUUUCAAUACAGCCCCAAAAUAACAGCUCAUCACAAAAUACUAGAAUGUCCAGAGCAUUAAUGUGUAACAUUGCCAUUUGACAUUUUGAAGUCUUGGCUGUUGUUUGGCUUCACACUGAAAUGAAAGCAUUUCUGCACCAGCUCUUGAGUUAGCUUAAUGAGUAGCCAAUCAGUUUGCAGCUACUGACACAUACUGUAUUCAGUAAGAAAUGUUUACUGGGAUGGUACAUGCCAAAGUUAAGUAUUAGAUUAAAUAUGCAACAGAAUACAGUAUACAGUCUACUGUGCUGAAAGGGUAAUUGUCAGUUCAAUCUGCACAAUAGGAAAGUUGAAGAGUCUUUGACGUUUGACCCCCUUGUGACAUCAUAUUUUGAGGGGGUAGUGAUGCCAUGAGCUGUACAGGAAUAUCCCCCGAUAGAGACACUGGUGAUGAACGGGUGAAGAGCAAUAGAUGAAGAUUUGGAUGAAUGAGAUGUGGAGCGGCACUUCUGAUGAGCUCACUGGAAGGACCAAUUGGAAAGACUGGUUGUGAUGGAGACCGGAGGGGAACGGGGUGGGCGAGGGUUGCAUCGAUCUGAUGCUGAAACGACAGCUGACAGCAGCAGAGAAAGGAACCAUUUUAAACUUUGACAGCAACGAUACGAUUGGCUCAGAGGUUGUGGCAAAAUCUGAUUGGUUUAACUGAAAGAGUGAAUGCCCUCAGUCAUCUGAUUGAGUUGGAAACAGGAACAGCCACUGAGAGAGAGAGAGAGAGAGAGAAAGAGAAAGAGAGUGAAAAACACAGAAUAAGCAUGAAGAUGGUCUUCCUGGUUGAACGUACGCUGAGCUUCAUUAAGAGUUAAUAUGGCUGAAGAUGUGAGUCUGUUGCUGUGCUCCGUGUGUCUGCCUGAGACAUGGAGCGUAUGGAACAAAAUGUUCACUGAGUACACACUGUUCUCUCACUGUGUGUGUGUGUGUGUGUGCAGAAAUGUUUAGGGAUUUUCCAGUGACAGAGCUCUGUAGUGUUGAAAAAACAAAGUUGAACAGAACACUGCACCUCUUCUAUGUUUAACAGCAGUGUUGUGGGUUUUGUUAGAUAUGAAUCAAAAUAGAAAGCUUUUCCCCUUUGCUCCUUAUCACUGUCUAUUAUCCAUGCUAAUAUCAUCAGCAAUAAAAAGUCAAAUUAUGAAUCACUAUUCCAAAUUCGUAUUGCCACAAGGUUAUCCAGUGUCAUUUAUAAAUAAUCAGCACUCAACCUUUAUCAGUUUAUAUUCCCUGUGGUGGUACUGAUAAAAUAAAAACACACUGGAGUGUUUUUUACAGCUACAAAUUCAAGUUCAAGUCACUCCUUUUGAGAGUCAAAUUAGUGUUUUUGCAUGUUUUAUCCCAUUUAUCACAAGUCUUCUCUUUUUGAAUGGAAUUUUGAAUGUGUUUCCCUGCCUUUAAGGCAAUAAUUGUUUCCCAUUCAGUCAGAGAACAUCACGUGUGCUUUGAUUGUUCUCAGAGUUACAUUAUUGUUGAAAGGUAAUGCAGUGCAGACCUUUCAAAUCGGUCUACUCUUUCAGCUGCAUCACCAUGCAACAAGAAUGAGAGAUAAUAAUAUUAUAAUAUUAUUUACAAUAUUGUAAAUUAUGUAUUAUGCAGCUCAAGCAAGUGACAAAUCUCUGCAAGUUCAUUUUGAUACUGAUGUAGUGUGUAGGAUUUAGUGGCAUCUAGCGGUAAAAUUGUAGUUGGCAACCAUUUGAAUACCGCUCGCCUCACCCUCCCCUUCCAAGCGUGUAGGAGAAACUAUGGUGGCCGCAAAACUCGCGAAAAAUUUGAAGGGCCCUAUCUAGAGCCAGUGUUUGGUUUGUCCGUUCUGGGCUACUGUAGAAACAUGGCGGUGCAUCCCUCUAUAGAUAUAAAGGGCUUAUUCUAAGGUAAUGAAAACACAACGAUUCUUAUUUUCAGCUGAUUAUACACUAAUGAAAACAUACUUAUAAAUUUUAUAUUCCAUUUGAAGAGUGAUGAAAUAACCAAUAUCCACCAAUGAAUUUAGUUUCUGAUGCUUCAACCACAACAGGACAAGUUGCCCAACAGUCCAAACUGAGGAGAACGCACAGAGAGAACUAAAGAUCAACAUAAUGUGCUUUUCACUGUGGAAUUAUUCAAAUGUUUUGAUAAAAGUUGUUAUUCAUUUCAUGAAGUCCCUGAACAGUUCACAUGUGUCCCUAUGCAAUGUGAAAGAUAUGAAACACUUAACUGUUAUGUUUAUCCACAUCUCUUUCUUUUCAAUUAUGUUUCCGAUUGUAUGAAGAGCCAGUUGGCAAUGUUGUGCCUUACAGAGUGUUUAGCUGAUAGACCUGCUAGUUUGUUCUUGUAUCUGAAGAUGACUUACGAAGCAGAAACUAUAUGGUACUAAUGACUAAAAUAAAUACUGACAUGUAA